GGGCCAUGCUGUGCACAGCUCUGGUGAUGAUGGGCAGCCUGGCCCUCACCACGGCCGUGGUUGCCCACGCCUAUUACCUGAAGCACCAGUUCUACCCCACCGUGGUUUAUCUCACCAAGUCCAGCCCCAGCAUGGCCGUUUUGUACAUCCAGGCCUUUGUCCUGGUGUUCCUGCUGGGCAAGGUCAUGGGCAAGGUGUUUUUUGGGCAGCUCAGGGCGGCUGAGAUGGAGCACCUCCUGGAGCGCUCUUGGUACGCGGUGACCGAGACCUGCUUGGCCUUCACCGUCUUCAGGGACGAUUUCAGCCCCCGCUUCGUCGCCCUCUUCACCCUCCUGCUCUUCCUCAAGUGCUUCCACUGGCUGGCCGAGGACAGGGUGGACUUUAUGGAGCGAAGCCCCAACAUCUCCUGGCUCUUCCACUUCCGCAUCGUCUCGCUGAUGCUCCUGCUGGCCGUGCUGGACUCGCUGUUCGUCAGCCACGCCUAUCACAGCAUCCUCACCCGCGGCGCCUCCGUCCAGCUCGUCUUCGGCUUCGAGUACGCAGUGCUGCUGACCAUGGUGCUGACCAUCUUCAUCAAGUACGUGCUGCACUCCAUCGACCUGCAGAGCGACAACCCCUGGGACAACAAGGCCAUCUUCAUGCUCUACACCGAGCUUUUCACUGGGUUCAUCAAGGUGCUGCUCUACAUGGCCUUCAUGACCAUCAUGAUCAAGGUGCACACCUUCCCGCUCUUCGCCAUCCGCCCCAUGUACCUGGCCAUGAGGCAGUUCAAGAAGGCGGUGACCGACGCCAUCAUGUCCCGCCGGGCCAUCCGCAACAUGAACACGCUGUACCCCGACGCCACGGCCGAGGAGCUGCAGGCCACGGACAACGUGUGCAUCAUCUGCCGGGAGGAGAUGGUGACGGGGGCCAAGCGCCUGCCCUGCAACCACAUCUUCCACACCAGCUGCCUGCGCUCGUGGUUCCAGCGGCAGCAGACGUGCCCCACGUGCCGCAUGGACGUCCUGCGGGCCUCGCUGCCGCCACAGCCCCCCCCGGAGCCCCCCGAGCAGCCCCCGGCGCCGGCACAGCCCCCGGCCCCCAUUCCCCAGGGUCUCCUGCCCCCGUUCCCACCGGGAAUGUUCCCCUUUUGGCCUCCUGUGGGGCCCUUCCCGCCCGGCCCGGGGGUCCCACAGACCCCUCCCCCCGGCCCCGACGGCUCCGGCAGCGCCGCAGCCCCCCGUCCCGGUGACUCCAGCGCCGGCUCCGAAGCCCCGGCCCCCGGGCUGCCCCCGCCCUGGCUGGGCCUGGCCUGGCCCCCUCUCUUCGGGCUGCCCCCCAUGCCGGUGCCGCCCGCCGGCUUCGCGGGGCUCACCGAGGACGAGCUGAGAGCCAUGGAGGGCCACGAGAGGCAGCACCUGCAGGCCCGGCUGCAGUGCCUGAGCAACAUCCACACCCUGCUGGACGCAGCCCUGCUCCAGAUCAACCAGUACCUCACUGUCCUGGCCACCAUCGGGUACUGGGAUAACUCCCCGUUCCCCCCCCCAGGACCCCCGAGGUGCCGCCCCUCCCCUCCCCUGCCCGGGACCCCCUCGGAGGAGCCCCCGGGACCCCCCGGGACCCCCCCAGCCAGCGCCCCCCCCGUGCAGCAGCAGCAGCAGCAGCAGCAGCAGGAGGAGGAGGAGGAGCAGGAGGAGGGGGAGGCCGAAGGCUCCGAGGGUCCCGAGGGCUCCGAGGGUCCCGACACGGCCGAGCUGCGACGGCGCCGCCUCCGAAAACUGGGGACGACCCCCCAGGGGACCCCUCCCCAUCAGGGGACCCCUCCCCCUCAUGGGACCCCUCCCCAGGGGACGUCCCUCCCCACUGACAGCGGGGGACCCCUCCCCCACUGA